UGAUGAUCCAGGCGCAACACAGGGAAACAUCUCUGAGAUUCAGACCCAUGAAUGGACAAGUUUUUGGCUGCAACGCGAACAUCUUUUAUAAGCAUACCAAAUGAUCACUUGAUUGCAGUCAUGGGUCAUCCAGCUGUACUGGGCUGUCAUUUUACAACGCACACUGACCUCUCCAGUCUGACUAUAGUGUGGCAACGCCAGGAGGACUCACAAGUCGUGCACAGCUUCUAUUAUGAACAGAACCAGCUAGACCAUCAAAGUCCAGAAUACCACAACCGGACCUCAUUAUAUAUUUCAGAGCUUGGUAAAGGGAAUGCCUCUCUCAGGAUAGAUGGAGUUGGACUGAAGGAUGUGGGUUGGUACCUGUGCAAAGUGAACAACAUCAAUGGGGCAGAAAAAGCCAAAAUAAAACUUGACUAUGGAGCCUUUUACUCUGAGCCCAGGUUGAGCAUUCACGUGAACUCCACCACAAUAACGGUGCAGUUUGAGACAGAGGGAUUCCCCAAACCUGAGGUAAUCUGGCUGGAUGAAUAUGGCCAGAGUCUCAUUCAUCACCUGGAGCUCCAUGACCAGACAGAAGAUGGACUUUAUUUAGUUAGGAGCAGAUAUGAGGCCCAGAAGCCAGCAGUUAAUGUCAUAUUUACACUGAAGAACCACCUCCUGAACCAGAACCUUGAGAGACCUGUGAUCUAUGGUAAAGACCUUCACUCUGAAUUUCAUGUGUCUCAAAAUGUGUGA